GUGGAAAAAAUUGGAAAAUGACCGGCGACUCGCUAGACUACUGGGAGUCUUACACGGAUUCCGAAGAUGAAAAGGCAGAAGACCCAAAGGUUACCGAGUUAUCAGAUAGACUCAAGGCUCAGAAACUGAGCGAAGAUUCCGAUCGUCAAUUUACCGACGACCUGUUCUCAGGUUGCGCAAAGGCGGCCGACGUUGAGGAGGAUCCGUCAGAUAACCUUUUUGGAGGCACAACGGUUAAGCAAAUAGUUUUGGCUGACCCAUUCUCUCAGAUUGAACUAAAAUGCUUAAAGGACUGUGAGACUGCUGCCAAGAAACUAUCGCAAAAAAUCGAAACAAGCCCUGCAAAGAGUCCAGUUUGGUUGCAAUUUCUUGAUAUUCUACUGCAAGCCUGUGAGAAGAAGCUGGACCUCAAGGAUGUCCAGACCCUCAAGCGUAAAAUUGAAAACAUAAUAAAGGCCAGAGAAGUAGUACAAAGAGAGAAGACUUACGCCAAGAAGAAACCAAAUGAUCUCUCUGGAGCCCUCAACUACAAGGAUGAACUCGACAUGUUAUACGGAGACUUGAGUGAAGAUGAUGACGAAUUUUACUAUCAGUGAGAAUUUUUCAAGAGCCUGUCAAUAGCCUCUCUGGCAACACCUGUGUGAUCGCUUUCACUAAUCCUUUUGCUUACAGCCUAGGAUAUUAAUGUAUGUGAAUUU